AUGGCUGGCCUAUUCCCAGCUAUGACUAAGGCACCAAGGAUGGCUUUCACUUUCCAGGUGCUGGAUGACUUCAUCAGGGACAAUGUUGAAUGUGGAACCUCCACCAUGAACUAUUAUAGCAAACUUCAGAGAGUCACCUCAAGUGCAUUUCCUCACCUAGUGCUGGGAUUCUAUCAACAGUUGCCUGAUCCCCAGGCCAGUGAACUUGUCCUCUUCUGCCCUGCCUGUCCCCAGCCAGGGAUCAAUGUACUGGAUCAGGAUAUCGAUCUCACUGAGUCUUUUGCUAGGACCUUUGUGAUGGGUGGCAACUUCAAGGCUGAGCAUAUGCUGCCCAAGAAUGCUGCCAAAGAGGUCUGGCUCAUGGAUGGAAAUGGCUUCAUGGUCACAUCAGCUCCAUACAAGGAAUAUUUGACCAGGACCAUGAAUCAAAUAGAAAAAUCCAACUGCAAUAACCACCAGGCUGUUAAUCAAGCAAAUGCACAAAGGAAUAAGUUGGAAUCGACCAGGAUUGGUGGAUGUGCCUGUAUUCAGCCCAGCAUUGGACUAUGGCAUGUCCAUGGCCAUCAGACAGAGUGCUUUGCCAGAUAUGCUCCAAACUUUAUUCUGGGUGCUGGCCAGGUGGACAGUGAAAUCAUGGAGACCCUCUGGUCUUCUCUCAACAUAAUCUCACCAUCAGCCCAGGGAAUGGCAACAGCACACUGUCAGGAGUUGCUGGACUUCCAAAUGAAUGAUACAUCAGCAUUGAAACAGAAGUUCAAGGUUGCCAAGCAGUCAUUAGCAACAAUCCAAGAUAAAUUCAACGAGUUGGAUAGCAAGUCAUGGGUGGAACAGGAACUUGUGGCACAGUCAUGCUGGCAGAAUACUCCACAGGCCAUGGACAUAUAUGAAGUCUGGCUGGAGAAGGGUAAGGGGGCCAACUGUAUCAUCUGUCCCAUAACUUACAUACAUCAUGGUAGCACCCACCAUGAAAGCCAUUGGGAUUGA